AUGGACAACAACACCUCCCCCUCAUCACUACCACCUCAGCACCAAGAACUCUCCUACACCACCAUCCCCCUCAACACCCCCGCCACCGAAAUCCGCCUCCUCGAGCUCUACCCCUCCGCCGACUUCUCCUCCCCGCUCCACUGCCGCCUCUACACCACGCCUAUCGCCCGCCUGCACCCUUCAAAGCCCUCUCCUACGCAAUCAGAUGCAGAUGCAAGCCUUGCAAGCGGUCUCAGCGCUGUCGAUAUUUCUUCCGAUGACAACGAGGUCGAUACCGUCGACGGCGGUAGGGCUGGGGCUGAUGCUCUGAAUGGAGAGAAGUGUAUAAUCCGGAUAACAACCUCGCUGGACACUUGUCUGCGUCAUUUGCGCGCUAUACACCACCGCGACCACCCUUCGGCCAUACUGACACUCUGGAUCGAUCAACUCUGCAUCGAUCAAUCUGAUUCGGAUGAAAAGGCUGUUCAAGUCGGACUUAUGAGUCAGAUAUACUCGCGCGCCAAGCAGGUGCUGAUUUGGCUGGGUCCGGCAGCGGACGGGUCAGAUGAAGUGAUGGAUGUAUUGGCGGAGCUGGGGAAGGAGUUUGAGAUUGUUGGAAUUCGCCUGGGCGAUUUGGAAAAGAUUUUGAAGUUGACGAAUGAAUAUGUGCGUAACUCACUGCGUAUCUCAGCUGAGGGCAACGUGGGUGAGAAGAGGAAAGAGAGGAUUGGGGUAACGAAGGAGAAGGAGGUAUCUCUACCUCUAGGAAAGGAGAUCGAUUGUGGUAUUGGUGUUGAGGGAGGCACUGGAACUACCUGUGGAGGUGAUGGGGUCGUCAAUGCCCCUGGUGGUGGUGACGCUACUGCUGGUAACAGCGAUGAGGUUGAAAUUGGGGUUGAGUUAGGACUGGGCGUGGACGUCACCGAUAUCGAGGCAUUGGACGAAGCAGCAGUGGUCUGCACCACAAACAAGGCCGAUGCAAGCACCGGAAAGACCGUUGUGGCAGUCGUGGAGGAUGGAGCAGCAAGACUUGGUCGUAUGGGGGUGUCGGGAGAGUUGCAAGCUUUUUUCCGACGCCCAUGGUUUACGCGCUUGUGGGUCGUGCAGGAGGCGUGCCACUGCGCCGACACUGUCUUUGUGUGUGGAACGAAGCCGCCGGUGAGCUACGAUAUUCUUGGGACAAUUCCCGUCUGUACGCUUCGCGCCGUACAAUGGCCUGGGCACAAGCGAAACGACAUGUCGGAUUGGGGCGGGGUAAGCCCCAUCUGCACCCACCGCAAAAUAGCCGGGGUGGGGGUGUCGGAUGAUGUGGCCGAAGCCUUUGAUGGCUUGUCAGGAUAUACAUUUAGGUCAUACCUAACUCGGAGAACAAUUCAGCAGAUCUCGAAAGGAGUGGGGGGUGACGAUCUAUUCACGCUGCUCGUCGGUACGUACACGAGGGGAAAUCGGGGUGGAGAGACGACGUUGUACAGAGAUCGAAUUUAUGCUUUGCUGGGUCUGGCGACGGAUAUCAAUCAGCUGGAGUUCCAACCCGAUUAUUCAAGUCAAACGAGCACUGCGCAAAUCCUAACCGACGUAGCAAAGGCUAUCAUCAGCAAGACGAAGCGUGAAUUCCCGGUUGAGGUUCUUUCUUAUUCGCAGUUUCCCAAAACAAUCCUCGACGAUGGGAGUGAUGAACAACUACCAUCGUGGGUACCGGAUUGGAGGUCUGACUUAAGAUAUCCUUUUUAUUAUUCACUCAGUGACACGGAUAUGUUCAUGGCAUGCGGGCCUCAUCGCUCAGUCGAUAUGGUGCCGACUACACCUGCUAGUGUGCUGGGUCUACGAGGAUAUCUGGUUGAUACCAUAGAAGAGGUGGUUGUUACUUCGACGAUAAACAGAUGGCGUGAGAGCAUUGAGUUCUUUGAAAAGUGGGACAAACUAUGGGAGCUCUCGAAGCAGAAGAACAAACCCAUAUAUGCAACUCCAGCACGAAGAGAGGAGGCACUUUGGCGUGUGCCCGUUGGAGAUAUAACAGAGGAUUGGCAAAAAGAUACGAUGGGAGACACGAGGGCAAAGGCUGGUUUCGCCCUCGAAUAUCAAAAAUGGAGACGUACUUUAGAAGAUGAGAAGAAGAAAGCUACCUCUACUGUAUACUUCUUAUACGAAUUAGACGCAGAUAAAGGAUAUUACUACCGCAGCGCUACGGGAAAAAUGAUCGGAAUGAGGCUAUACCUCACAAAAGAAGGGUACAUGGGUAUGGGACCCUCCAACAUGCAACCCGGGGACGUGGUUGUUGUAUUUCCAGGGGCCCGGAUCCCUUUCGUGUUACGACCCACGGACGAAGACAACACAUUCACCUACGUGGGAGACGCAUACUGCGAUGGCAUCAUGGAUGGAGAGAUCAUCUUCAGAGAGGAGAGACGGGAUUUCUUCCUAGUGUAG